UUGAGCGUCCGGACAAAUGAGUCAAUGGAGGCGCUAUCCUGAACCAUCUUAUGUGCCUUACGUGUUACCUUACCACCGUGUGUUGUUCUGCGUUCGCGCACGUCAUUUUCCACAUUGCAUUACUUGUUCGGUUGUCAUGCCUUAUUACGCUGUGAGACGUGGAACCCAGACGGGCAUUUAUUCGAAUUGGCAAGAAUGUGAACAGCGAGUGACGAGAUACAGUGGGGCGCAAUUCAAGAAAUUCAACACUCAACGAGAAGCGGAGGCGUACAUGAGUGCACCUGGGCAGGGAUCUGCCAACGUCCAGUCCAGAUUCGGAGGAGGGUGCGCAGCUCCCGCUCCGCAGCCGAUAGGACGGUCAUCAGGCGCUGCCUCUGCCUACCAGCCGAGUUCUUCAUACCAGCCAAAAGUUUCAGGCUAUAAGCAAUUACCGAAAAAAACAUUUGGUCCACCUCGUGAUCAAGUUCAACCGUAUCCCCAUUUGUCAGAUGCCGAAGUUUUGGCUAGUAUUGCGUCGCCUUAUUCCACCAGCAGCAGCAGUGGACGAGGUGUGAACUCUUCUGGUACAAGCACCACCAGGAGUUCCGGUGUUGCACGAGUUGGUCAAACGGAACACCCUCAGAUUCCAUCAAGAGUUCUGGAACGGGCUCGUUUGGCAAAGGCUGAUGACUAUGAUUUCACGCCUGAUGGAUUUGCCAAAUGUUACACGGAUGGAUCCUGCAUGGGUCAAGUGAGAAAUGCUGGAGUUGGGGCCUGGUUUGGACCGCAACAUGUCGCUAAUAUUUCGGAACCCUUGCCUAUUCCUGGGACAAACAACCGUGCAGAGCUGAUGGCAGUUCUGUAUGCGGUCAACGCUGCAAAGGAAUCUGGAUUAAACAAGGUUGAGAUCAGGACUGACUCAAAGUAUACCAUAAAGUGCCUCACUGAAUGGUUGCCAAAAUGGAAACAGAACAACUGGCAGACUGCUGCAAAUACCAAUGUAGAGAAUCAAGCUGAAAUUCGAGCCAUUGAGAAAGCCUGUUCUUCAAUAGAUGUGCGCUUUGAGUGGACUGAAGGUCAUUCUGGCAAUGUGGGGAAUGAAGCUGCAGAUACACUGGCAAAACGUGGAGCGGCUGAAGCGUUGGGGAAGCUUUAAAUAGUUUUCGACUUUCAAGAGACUGUUGCUAAGAAUAUCUCAUGAGCUGAAACAUUCAGAUUAUUGAGUUGUGAGUCUUUGUGUGAAACAAACAAAGUUGCUGUUUUAUUUUUAUUUUGCUCUCAAUCCGUCGAAUUUACGCGAUUACACGACAGGUAUGUUUCUUUAAUUUGACGCUGAUGUUUUUUUUUUUUCUGGUUCGCGGAUCAGAUUUAAAAAUUUGAAUCUUCUCAAUUCAGUAUAUACAGUGUUGUCUUCUCAUUUUUCGACUGUUGAAGAUUAAUUCAAAUACUGUAAUGAGUGUAAAACAAUCUGGCUUAAAUUUCUCUGCGUUGUAUUAUUUUAAUAAAUUGAUAAGGGAUGGUGACGUUGAUUCCAAGAAAAUUGAAGUGAGCCUCUUUUGACUCAUUUUUUUUAUUAUAAUGAAUCCUUAGAUGAAUCGUUUUGAAAUGGGUGUACUGUAGUACUUUUUGGUCCAUCUUGUGUAAGUAGGGUUUUUAUAUAAAUUUCAGAAAGGAUGUACAGUACAGUAAUUUGGAUUCUGGAAUAAAAUAGGUAUUAAUUCUGCAUUAUGAAUGGCUUUUCAAUAGAAUCAUUUUGAAUCUGCUCUAAGAACCCAUCAUUCGGUUAUGUACUCAUGAGUCACUUCUGCAGGGAGCUCCAAGCAGGAAGAAUGUCGAAAACCGAAAGGAAUCCUGGGAAAAUUACAAUUCUUAGUGGCCUUAUGACAGGAAUCGUUUGACUAGUUCCAUUUGAUAUGUACAUACUGUUUAUAGGUAUAUUCUCGUUCCUUUGUAAACCAGCGUGCCUAACUGUCCGCGUUGUCUGGGUGCUAUAGCAGGGUUCUUCAAAUAAUUUUCUUGUGAUAAUCCCAAUUCAAAUAUACUUUACCUCGUUUCGUAGUACAAUGUAUAGUUUCAUUAUUUCUGAUUUCAUCUCAUAUAUUAGGGUACAUUAAAUUAGUCGGUGCUUUCAGUUAUAAAUUUCCACUGAACAUUGAUUUCAAAUUUAUGUUUACGACAAAAUAUUUGGAUCUUCUCUUAGUCGCCAGUCCUUCUCAAAGCAUUUUUUGUCGUUCAUAUAUUACUGCACUCCGUCCGAGAUAGAUAUAUAUUUUUUUUUUCAUUAACUUCUCCCAUGACUCUUGGAACAGAAAUAUGUUGUGUCACCUGCUGAGAGGUUUCCCGGAAUGAUAACUUGCUGAAAACUCUGGUCUGCGUGUCUCCCGUUGAUAUUAAAUGCGCUUGAAGUGUACAGCUGAUCUUUCCGGUUCGUCGUGCGAAGUGAUAUACAGUACUGUACGCAAUUUGAAAGCGUCCGUAAUGUUUUCGAAACCUCCAAUUUUUGAAUACAGAAAUCUUUUUCUACACAAUUUCGCUUGAUACUCCUUUUAUUAUGCCCCUCGGCGCAUUUUCUGCCGAUGAUGCUUUUUUUUUAAUUUUCAGAUUUGCAAGAUUUUUGACGUGGUGCGCGAAUCGCAAGAAAUAAUUAAUUCAGGUAAGAUCUAUCGUAUCUUAUUGUCGCCGAAACUUAUGCUCUCGAUUCGUUUCUCGCGACGAUUUCAGAAUUUGGAGGUACUGUAGCACCAAGAAAAAAGAUUGGGAGAAGAAAUAACUUCGUAUUCCCCGGCAUAGUUUCCACAAUUAUGAAUUUUACCGAAUUUCAAAUCCCAUGAUGUCAAAAUUUUCUCCACGCGUGAUUUGCAUAAAAAGUUACCAGGUGUAAGCUGCAACUUACUGCUGAUGAAUCCUGCACUCCACCGCAGGAUAUAAUUCUGGGGAGCAGGGUAUCAAAUUGCAUUUGUUUGACAUAGAUGGAGAUAGUGGGGAAUGUCAUGGCGGCGUCCUUGAAAUUGUAGGCUUGUUAGUUUGGUCCGAUGCGUUACGCUCCAGUUUUCAUCGGUUAUGACGGGUCGUGUGCGUGUACUCGUGCGUGGAUUCCAUAAAUACAGUACCGCAUUACUGCUGUCAGACAAUGUCUGAACUUCAGGGUUUGCUGCACGUGGUAACUAAUAGUUGUUCGACGUGGGCAUUAUAAUCAUUCUGUUUCUGAAGAUCGCAGAAAUUCAUCCGUGAAUGCAUCUACAAGUACUGUACUCAUGUUCAGCGCGCUUGUGAUUCCAGUACAGUGAACCAAGCAGGAUGGUUUAUAUCAACGCUGACGGGACGAUUGGGGAGCGUCAGAAAUGGUCCUUCGGAUUCCUGGGUUCGUUCAUUGCAAACAUCAUUGACUUUAUCAUAUUAUUUUUCCAAACGAUGUUCAAUCCCUACCUCACGAAGAACGGAGAUACUCGACGAAACGCCAACUCCGAUUACAGACGCCCGAAUGACAGGCCUCCAAGACCUCCCCGUUUUAGGAGCUUUGGAGCAGGGAGUUCUCCAUCUCCUCCACCGAUGAUGGGAGGUGGAUGAGGUUAAUCGGGCCAUUCUGACAAUGUCCUGAUCUGAGUGAUAGGACAAAGCCAGGGUGGUCCCGAGCUGCCAAUAAUUUUCGCUGUGUUUUCUAUUCCUGAAAAGGAAAUAUGACGUCUAGAAGUGAAUCCCUACCCAGGAGUCUUCAUGACUGAUGAAGAAUACACAGUGUUUACAAUUGUGAUGGAUUCGUGCGAAAGAGAACAGCUAUUAUUUCAUGUGUUGGACGUCCGUAACAGGAGAUUUACUGGAUCCAUGGUUGGAUUUUGAAAUUUUUUCUGGAUUUUCGUGUUUCACAUGCUUUUUUGAUGCAGUUCAUCUAUUUACUUCAAACCAACGAUUUUUGUUCAUGCAGAAUUUAUCAUUCUGAAUAAAAAAUCUUUUAUUAUGUUGGUCCCAAAUUUCAUUUUUCUUCAUCCCAUGGUCUGCCAAAUUGUCCCAGCAUGAAAUCCACUAGAAUCAGGUCAUCUUCAAAUAAAAGUUAUUUCAAUCGAUAAUUCAAUUCGAUUAUUUUUGUUGGGUUAUCUACAGUUUCCUCUGGCCCAUAUGAUCUCUCCCAAUCACUCGAAUGAAAGGACGCCUAUUAAAGUUGGACCUUAACUUAAAUCUCCCCCAGAGAAAAAAAAAAAAACCUGCAUCUGUUGAUAUUUUUGUCCCUGUCCAGAAUUCAACUGAAAUGGUGGAAUGUAGCUCUCUGUGACUUGAAUGCCUUUCCCCUUAACUCGGACUUUUUGAGACCUUCCAAUUAAUGUUCUGGGGUUUAAGGAAACGGAGCAGUAAUAAAAUGAAACUGAAAGAAAGCAAAAAUAACCGAUUUACUGUACUGUAAUUCAUCCAGAAUCUUUUCCACAAAAACGCUUGUUUCUAAAUAAAAAUAUCUGUUUUGCCCCCUGAGUCCAAUGAUGGAGGCCCAACCGUACAAGAAUCAGCUCUAUUGUUAUAUGCCUGAAAAAUGAAACAAUAUACUGUACCAUGUGAA